AUGGAUACUCAUACACAGCAAUUCAUGAGUUUGACACCAAAAGCCAAAACUGUAGAAGAUAUCUUAGCACAGCAUAGUGAUAACUGAUAACAGUAUAACACAACACAAGCAGCAUUAUCAUCUCCCAAAUCAUACACACCAGAUGUUGCAGUCUCAGUUUCUGUUGCCACUAUCACCCUCACUCACACAGACACUCCAUAAACCCCCUCUCUCCCUUCUUCCACCACUUCACCACAAACCCACCAUUCUCCACUCUGUUUCGGUCUCAGCAAUUCCUCCAUUUCUCGCACAGCUCGCCAAUGAAGCAGACGUAGAAGGCCCCGUCGAACUCCCCUUCUCUUCUUCCAUUUUCGCCACCACCGACGACCCUUCUCCCAUUCAAGUCGCUUCCAGCGUUCUCCUCACCGGCGCCAUCUCCGUCUUCCUCUUCCGCUCCCUCCGCCGCAGGGCUCAACGCGUCAAACAAUCCCAAUUCAGGUCUUCAGGAGAGAAGAAGACGAUUAAGGAAGAAGCAUUGGAUAGCUUGAAAGCUUUGGGGUCAGCUUCAGUAGAGGCUAAGGGUCCACCUUCACCCGGUCAGGCAUUGCUUGGGGGAGUAUCUGCGGGAAUUAUUGCACUUAUUCUCUAUAAGUUUGCCACUACCAUCGAGGCAUCUCUAAACCGACAAACAAUUUCAGAUAACUACUCUGUCCGCCAGAUAACCAUCACCAUAAGGACAAUAGUGAAUGGCUUGACCUACCUUGCAACAUUUGUUUUUGGCCUGAAUUCCCUUGGUUUAUUCCUUUAUUCUCUCCAGCUUGGCAUCAAAUCCAUUAUGGAAGGUUCAACUGAAAGUAAAAGCACUGAUCAGUCAAAUUCAUCUAUUGAGAGUCCCACGGAUAACUCUGAAUUGAGCAGCAGGAAGGAAGAACAAAGUUCCAAUGAUGCACAAUAAAUACUAGGUGUAAAUAUAGUGAUGUUAAAACGGAGGUCAGCAAAAUUUAUCCACUUGUAAAAGUAAAAUAUAUAAUUAUAUAUCCUUUCCUUUCACUUUUGGGGGUAAUGUAGAUGGCAAGUGAUCUUCAAUGUAGUUAAUAGUCUUGAUGCUGAAUUUUGUUAAAGGUUUAUGGAAGCUAUAUUCUCGUGUCGUCUCUUUUACCCUUUUCGUUUGCCAAUUUUCUGUUGGUUUAGUUUUGAUGGGAAGAAGCUGAGGACUUGAGGUGACUCAAAACAAAUUUCCAUUCAAUGUAACAUCAAACAAGUUUACCAUUUCCAUUUGCUGCUUUUACA